UCUUGUCAAAAUCAGAUCGACUUUCCCAAUCCUCGUUGGUCGUUAUCAAACCAUCGGAUGAAAUUAAUAAUAAUAAUAUGAUUUAUUAAAAAUACAAUACAGUCCAUGGAAGCGGUGGGCCCUAAUUCCAAUUCCAACAACCCUACACAAGAAGAAGAAGAAGAAGAAAGUAUGAUCAAUAGAAACACUAAUAAUAAAAAUAAUGAGGGGGUGGUUAUGAAAUUAGAAGAAACAGAUUUAGGAAAUGCAAGCGACGUCGUUUACGUGCCACGGUUUUUGAGCUACGAAAAAUCAUGGGAAUAUUUUAAUUAUUUGGAUAAAAACAUUCCUUGGACCCGACCCACCAUUCAUGUUUUUGGCAAACCUUUUUUACAGCCCAGAGAUGUAUGCUAUAUUGCUAGCAAAGGAUUGAAGGAAUUAACAUACAGUGGGUAUACGCCACGUGCCUAUUGUUGGGAUGAUUUCCCACCUGUUAAGGAGAUCCUGGACGAGGUACAUAUAGCCUUUCCCGGGAGUCAUUUCAAUAGCUUGCUUUUAAAUAGAUACAACAGCGGUAAUGACUAUGUUGGUUGGCAUGCUGAUGACGAGAAGCUUUAUGGACCCCAUCCAGAAAUUGCCUCGAUUUCCUUUGGAUGUGAACGAGACUUUUUCUUGAAAAAACGGAGUACUCAUAAUAAGAAAGCUCAAGCUGAGGUCGAGGGAGAGCCUUCCAGCAAGCGUGCAAAAAAGAACAAUGAUGUGGAGAGACACAGUUUCAAGUUGAAGCAUGGGUCUCUGCUGCUUAUGAGGGGCAAUACACAACGGGACUGGCUCCAUUCAGUGCCUAAACGAGCAAAAGCGGAGUCUGCACGAGUUAAUCUAACAUUUAGGCGAGUUAUGUAGUUAUCUGACUGCUUAAGUAAACCCUAAACAGUUUAUUAAAGUUUAAACUGUAAGCUCUUGCCUUCUUAUAAAGUUUUUGUAUGAGGUAGAAA